GAUUUUUCGAUUAAGGGAAUUCUAUAAAGAUCCAACGAAUAUUUUCUUCUAGAGAAUCUUAUCUCGAUCCCACCAUGAAAACACAAAUGUUAGCUUGGGUCCUGUUAGGGCUGUUUUGCUCUGGUGUUUCAGGGUUCUAUCAAAGAAGCUUUUCACCCUACAGAAAUUAUUAUGGUGGAGGCUUUGGAGCUGGAGGUUAUGGAUCUAUCCCAUAUAAUGGCAACUAUGCAGGAUCAUAUGGAGGUGGAGGUGGGGACGAGGAAACUUUUCACUACAACUUAGGACCAGUAAAUUUGCCACCAGGUUCAAAGUAUAGCUUCCAUUUUGGCCCACAAGCAGGUGGAGCUGCAAAUAGUGCAUCUGGAGGUGGAGCCCCUGCAGCCGCAAAUAGUGUAUCAGGAGGUGGAGCCCCAAGCUACGGAAACUAUGGAAGAAGCCCAUAUGGAGGGUACGGAGGUUAUUAUGGAGGAGGUUAUUAUCCAUACUAUGGAGGAGGAUAUAAUCCAUACUAUUAUAACUAUGGUGGUGGUGGCGGCGGAGGCGGUACUCCACCAACAGGGCCUACACCCCCUACUCCACCCACUCCACCAACGCCACCGACACCCCCAACAAUGCCUACACCUCCAACAAUGCCAACUCCGCCCACAUUCCCGACACCUCCCACUGGAAAUUCCUACUACAGAUCUGGUCCCGGUGGCUUCUUCUACCACGGAUCGUUUCCUUUCCCGAAUGGUAUCGUGAAUGAAAAUGUACGCGUAAAUGGACCUCGAGGAUUUGGUAGACCUGCUCCACCCCCUGGUGGUUCAACCAGUGGAUCAACUGGUGGCUCAACAGGUGGCGGCUCAACAGGUGGUGGCUCAACAGGUGGAUCAACAGGUGGCUCAACAGAUGGUACAACCCCAGCAUCAAAAACGUAAAGACUGAAGGACAAUAUCUGUGUCGAAACAACCUGAAUUUUCAUACAGCAAAUGAUAGAGAUUUCAAGCAAUGAAUAACCUCUUCAACUUAUUUGUUAUUUUGGUGAUGAAAUCAAAUGGUUAAACUGGGGAUGUUAUAUUGUUGCUUUGUAUGAAAAUACUUGUAACGGCUCGAAUGUAUAAAGUACAACGAAAGAU